UUAAUCUAAAAUUUUAUGUUUGUUUUUUCUUUUCUUCUUCAUGUUGUUUAUAGUUUUAGUUUUAGUAUUCCUUCCUCCACUCUGCGUCUGCCUCCUAGUGUCUUUUGCAAAAUUCUAUAAUAUUAGCCUGAAUUUUGAUCAUAUACAUGUGACCGCCUUUCAGGAUUGCGGUUCUUGAUUUUCUUUGUUUUUUUCCUAGCAAUCAAAUACUAUCCUUUUUUUAAACAAUAAGACUUUUCUUUGUUUUUCUUCAUAAAGAAUUUACUAUUUUGGUAGCUGAAUAUUGCCCCAUUGCUUUCAGCUGUUUGGUUUUCAAUUUUGAUUUGAUUUUAAAGAAUUACCCUUUUUGAACAUCCAUGUUGUAGUUAGUUGAUUUUUGGGUAGAGAGGCAAUCAUUUGUUAUCUGAUAAUAAAGAAAGUUAUGAUAACCAAUGGAGCAAGUAGGAGUAAUUUAUUGAGUUUCUUAACAGGAUCCUCAACACAUACUUGGCAGCCAGUCAUGACUGCCGAUACGGCCACCUUAAGUUACUGGUUGAAUUGGAGGUUCUCACUUUGUGCACUAUUCAUCUUAACCACUAUGGCUGUGGCAGCAAUUAUAAUCUGGAAAUUUGAAGGUAGGAAAAAAUCAGAACAUGAGGAUAGGGACAACGAUAAAGAAGCUCCAGGGCAUUUAUAUGAGGAUGAAGCUUGGAAUACAUGUCUCAGAAGCAUUCAUCCUGCUUGGCUGCUUAGUUUUAGAGUGUUUGCUUUCAUCAUGCUUUUGGCAUUACUUCUAGCCAAUGUCGCUAUUGAUGGAAGUGGCAUUUUUUACUUUUAUACUCAGUGGACAUUUACUUUGAUUACAAUAUACUUUGGGUUUGGAUCAGCAAUCUCAGUAUAUGGAUGUCAAAAACACUGGGGAAAAGUUGGUGGUGAUAGGGGUGAUCAUUUAAGCUUAGAUUCUGAGCAUGGCUCCUACAUGCCUCCCAUUCUUGGCGAAGCUGCAAAUGUGUCCAACCAGUGCAAACAUUUUGAUGCUCACAGAGCACCUCAUUGUCCUCCUAGAGCUGGUGUAUGGACUUAUGCCUUCCAAAUUAUUUAUCAGACUUCUGCAGGUGCAGUAAUACUCACCGAUUCAGUAUUUUGGUUUAUUCUUUUUCCGCUCCUAAAAUCCAAAGAUUAUGGUCUGAAUUUUUUGAUUGUCUGUAUGCACUCGAUCAAUGUUGUUUUCCUACUUGGUGACACAAUUUUGAAUUGCAUGCGGUUCCCAUUUUUUCGAAUUGCAUAUUUUGUUUUGUGGACGGGCACAUUUGUUGUUUUCCAAUGGAUCAUCCAUGCUUGUAUUAACCUUUGGUGGCCGUAUCCGUUCCUUGACUUAUCAUCGCCAUAUGCUCCGUUAUGGUACUUGGGAGUAGGCCUGAUGCAUAUCCCAUGCUAUGGCAUCUUUGCUUUAAUAAUUAAACUCAAGACCUUUUCUUUCUCAAGGUCAUCACCUGAGUCCUUUCGAAAAAGGACAUGAAAAGUGAGAUUCCUGGUGUUGAAAUUCGGGGAUGCUAUCAGCUAGCAGGAAGGUUACAGAAAUCUAGUGUCUUCAUUUUGAUGGAAAAAAAAACUAAUUGUUCAUGAAAGUGCAAGCUAUAGAGUCCAUGGUAGGAAGUUCUACCAAAUAUAUGAUCGAAUUUGUGUAGAAACCAUUGUCGACAUGGUAAAUAUAGAAGAUUUUUAACCUAAGCUAUAGAUUGUGCGACUUGCAUUAUAUAUACAUGUAAGACAGGGUUAAAAUUCUUCUCCACAGUAAUCAUUUUCAUUCAUAAA